AUGGCGGAUUCGUUUCCGUCAGUCGGGUCGCCCCAACGGCUUGGGAGCCCAAGAAGUAAAGUUUCCUUGAAGCCAGGGCGAAGUUUAAUGGACUGGAUCCGAUUAGGGAACAGCGGGAAAGACUUACAAGGCUUUGGGGGGAAAUUUCGUAAAGUUUCCACGGCGGAAUUAGCCGAACACAAUAGCAUUGACGAUGUGUGGAUUUGUCUCAGAGGUAAGGAUACUUUAUUUAAUUAGUGUGGAUAUCUUAUUUGUUAUGCAAAAAUCGAUGGCAGUUGUUAUUGUUUUGAAAAACAUACAAAGCUAGAUUAAAUAUUUAUGGUUUGAGAAUAAUAAGAUUUAUUAAAUUAAGGUCAUGGGUAUGAUUUCGAAGGAUUUCCCAGGGGGGUGGGGACCCUUCUAAAUCAUACGUUGUUCCCUAAAAACUAUAUGGGAGCCUUAUUUAGAAACAUUUGCCAACCCCCCUUAUAUACCAUUGUUUGCAUUUAAGCUUUAAAGGUUGUAGAUGAAAUCAUGAUCUAUUCUCAUACUGUAUAAACCUCUGAAUAUAAGCCCUGAGGUUAUAUUCGUUUGUAAGCAUUUACAUGGGGGAGCUACAGUAUAUAUGGGUGGGCAUAAUACUGAAUGAAAUUAUCACUUGUCUGAGCUACUGUCCAAUAAGAAACCCAUGGGCUUGUAGACAGCUUGUAAUAUUUUAUAGUUUUUUCACACACCAACUCUUAUUAAUCAUACAUGGCUUUCAUAUUAGGUUGUGUUUAUAACAUCACACCAUAUUUGGAGUAUCAUCCGGGGGGUAUACCGGAAAUAAUGAAGGGCGCUGGUAUCGAUGCAACACAGUUGUUCAAUGAGGUGAUGUAAAUUGAAAUGAACUUUGGCCGGAUUCUGAUCUUCUCACUCGGUAUAACAAAUUUUUGAAGGGAUUUGUAGAUGGAAAUUUUGAGUGGAAUUUUUAUACAUUAUUAGACCUAACCAGAAGCAGUUGCGAAAAAUGCAACUAUAGGUCCUCUGGCAGGAAUCGAACAGUCGCUCUAAUCAACUGAGCUACAGAGAGACAGUCUCAAGCUCCCUUCAACAAUUACAGUAGUCAGUGGCGUGCUGGGUACUAUUUUUCUGGGGGGGCCAGUGGGUUGUCAACCAAUAUAUGUCAACCCUAUAAUGUUACGCUUGAUACACGAGGGCAGAAGGCACGAGCCGAGCGCCGUAGGUUCGAGGUUUGUCUAGGGGGGUCCGGGGGCAUGCCCCCCCAGGAAAAUUUUUGAAUUUAGAGUCUCUGAAAUGCCAUUUCCUUGACUUUGGGGGAAGACUUGACAAAAAUCUGAUGGUCAGAAAACGGCAUUAUAACGUGUCGAAAUUUGAAAUUUGGUUAGAAUUUAGUAGUAGUACUUCAAGCGAUUAAUCUAAUCCCAAUUCUAUUCUCUACUGAUCUGAAUACAUUUACAACUUUCACACCCACUUUCAAAAUUCGGCGCCCCCUUUUCAUUUUUGCGCCCCCCAAGAAUUGCCAGCUGGGGGGGCCGUGGCCCCCCGGCCCCCCCCUGCCAGCACGCCACUGACAGUAGUUGUAUCGAGUGACAAGCUGAGAAUCAUGAUAUUUGGAUAUUGUAUGAUAUUCCGAAAAUCAUGAUAUUUGGAUAGAGUAUGAAAUGAUCGAGUCAUCUUACAUUCAUUUUCAUUCCAAUGCUAGAUUCAUCAAUGGGUGAAUGCAGAGUCCAUGUUACAGAAAUGUUUAGUUGGUCCUCUUGUACAGACUCCAAAGGAAAAGAAGAAAAGUGGUAAUAAUGUGAUGUAUAUAAAGUAAAAUUCAUAUAUUUUGCAGUAGAUUACAUGACAGGAAAGUUAGUUAAUCAUGGAUUAUAUUUGAUUCCAGGAACAGGAAGUUACAAAUCAUCCCUAUCUCUACUUGCCCCUCCAAUACCUCUUGUUGUGAAAUCAAAAGAUGACACAGAUAGCAAUGAAGGUAAUGAACAAAACAUAGGAUUUAACAUAUCUGCCGGAUGUCACCGGCGUUUUCACAGCCCUAGCCGGCAACACAGAAUAGGGAGGUACAGCAGAAGUGUACCGGUAACUCAAGCAAGUAUUUGUCCGUGUUUUUACAAGCAAUUUGUCAUCAAUCACACCAUCCUGGCUAGUACAACCGGCAAUUUGUACCUACCAAAACCUGAUAAAAGGAUGGCGUGAGCAAGUUAAAAUUUUCGUGGACAUAAAACAGUAAUGGAACCGACUCAAGUUACACUUCUGCUAUACCUUCCUAUUCUGUGCCGGCGACUUCUAAAUUAGCAACAACAAAUUUUUCUUAUUAAUAUCCAUUGAUCUAUACAAUGAAUUUAUAGAUUUUACAUUAAUUACACAUUCUGGUAGCCAUGAAUCUGGUAGCCAUGAACAAGGCGGGAAUCAUAACUGUAUAAUGAAAAUCAAUGCCCAGCUGUGAUGCUAGUGAAUAUUUUAAAAUUUCAUUUUGUGAUAUGGCCUACUUGGAUUAAUUACCUACAUUAUGCUGGGCAUAGAUUUUCAUCAUAUGAUUUUUGAAAAGACUUUUUGAAAAAGUUCUUUUUAAAGACUGUUACUGCAUGCAUUUUUGCUGGCCGUUUUGCUUCAGCUUUUGUACAUGUUGUGGUGUAUUCACUGCAUAAUCAUUUCAUGUUUCGCUUAUCAUAGCCCCAAAAAAUUGGCAGUACAAAAAAGGUACAUGCACCAAACAGCCUACAAAUAUAUCUCAAUUCAAAUUAUUUAUUUUAAACCCAGAACACCUUAAACUUUCUAACACCAUACUCAUGAAUUUUCUGUCUUCCAGAUAGUUUAUAUUGGAGAUGCGAAGUGAAAUCAAUAGUGGAGGUCACUCAUAAUGUGAAAAUGUUUUGCUUCACGUUGCCCAAUGGAUUGGUCAUGGAUGCACCCGUCGGACAUCAUGUUCAUUUCCAAAGAACAAUUUCAGGUUGUCAGUUUAGUACAUACCUAUACAAUCUAUUGCUGAAGAACUUGAUCUAUACCAGUUCCAUUAUUCCUAAACUGUUCUCCUUAGAGGUCCAGUAAACAUCAUCUUUCUUGGUCCACAUGGGCGGAUCUAGCCUCAUCUGCAAGGGGGGGGAGGGGGGGUACAUGCCUUCCAUGGGGUGGUGCAUGAGGGAGCUUUACUGCCCACUCUCUUCUACAGUUUGCAACACUACUAUCCCAACAUUUCGCUAUUCUGUUACGUUUUGCAUUAUCUCUUUUAAAGUACCUGUAUAUAUCAGCUUUUUAUCACACGUUGGACAGUUACUGUAGCACAGUGCAGUAAAUUUGCUUGUUCAAGUACAGUAUAUUUGAAAAUACGGGUGCAUAACAACCUCAACAUGUUUACAUAUUUAACCAUGAUAUUUAACUAAAGCCUUCUGAGUAUUUUCUCGUCAGCUCACAAAUCGACACGCACUAACAGUAGAAGUUCUGCUAAUCGCUAUUCGAAAAGCAGAAAAUGUAUGGUCAAGCAGAUUUUUUUAGGGUGGUGCUGGACUUCUCUAGGGGGAGGGAGUGCUAGACUACACUAGACUGUGGUGGAACCCCCUGCGCCCCCACAGAUCCGCUCCUACCAUAGUCUGAAAAUUUUAAGUGUUCGACUACUUAAAUUAUGAUUUGUAUCCACUUUAAGGGAGAAUUAAUUGUAUAUCAUCCUUCGAUUGUUUAGGAAUUGACAUUUCAAGGCCAUACACUAUCGUAGUUCCAUCAUUUGACUUCAAGAAUGGAGAGGAAACUAAAAGACAUUUAUACUUAAUAAUAAAAAUCUAUCCGUCGGGGACAUUGACACCAAGUUUGUUGGACGUGAAUAUUGGUGAGAACAGACUUAAUCUGCUAAAGCCCUGUUUAAACUAGUAGUGCAACCAUUUCCGACAGUGUUGAACCAACUGACAGGCUCUCCUUAUCAGUGAUAAGGAGUAAUUAUCAGGUUCGAGUUCGCCUUACCAGUAAAAUUGACCGUUUCCACGAGCAUUGAUUACCGUUUGGAGAAGCCUAGAGUUUGUGUACAUUGGUUAAGAAAUAAUUUGUACCAAGUAUUGCUGAUAUUCCACACCAUUCACUAUUUAGCAUUGAUACAUAUUGAGUACAGAAAUGUCCUAUAAACGCGAUCGAUGAAGAACAUUUUUUGGCGGGAUGUUUAUUAUCACCGCAGCGUGGGUUUGACGACUGAGUAAUUAAAUAACUAAAAAUGUUUAUUUAAGGCGUGUGUUUAGAAUACAAUCUUUAGUAUUAUUUAAAAGUUUAAAUCUUCCCUCAAAAUGCAGGAAAUGCCAUUUCAGAGACUCCUGAUUUCCAAAUUUUCCGUGGGUAUACCCUGGGCCCCCUAAAGGUUUGUAGGUUCGAUGUGACGCUUAUACCUGUUUUUGUUGAAAAACCUGUUUUUCCUGUCCCACUCACAACUCGAAAUUCAGAAGAAAAUUCUAACCAAUAGUGUUUUAGGUGAUCAUUGUCUAUUGACUGGCUAUAGUGGAAAUUUUCAAUCAUCACGACUAACGGAGGCAAAAGAUAUAAUUAUGAUUGCUGGUGGGACAGGUUGGUUUAUUAUUUAACUACAUUUCUGUACAUUCUGACUAUUCAAUUUUCAUCAUCUUGUUUUUCUCUUGCACAGGAUUAACACCCAUGAUCAGAAUAAUUCAUUCAUUCAUACAUCAGCAAUUGUCUUCAGUAAGGUAAAGGCCCCAGGCAUUUUCUUCUUCUGAUUGAUGUGAACGAGUAAAUGAGUUAUGAAUGCUCUCAGUAUGUGUACCCUCGUCUGAACAUUCAUAGCUCAUCCACUCGUUUACAUCAAUCAGAAGAAGACAAUCGCACCUAAAGUCGCAGUAAAAAUUGCAAGUGUAAACAGAUUAUGGUGGGGGAAGGCACCGAGUUUUUCCUGGUAAAAAUUUUGCACACCCAACCAUUAAAAAGUUUUUUUUUUUUACCCAACAUCGAAUAUCAAUUAAAAAAAUAUACCCACCCCUGGCCAAAAACUUUACAAAAGGAUACCAUUCAGUUGUCACACAUGUCCUUUAACACUCCUGUGACAUGAGUUUGAUAACUGCUUGUGCAAUUUUCUGCAGUCUAAAGUUUCAUGUUGUCUGCACAUGUAAUUUCUUUGGAGAUACCAUUUGCCUCCUGACAAAUCGGGAAAUGAUUAAGAUAGUGACUCUGAUUGAUUUACAUAUUGUACUGACAUAUGACUGUUGACAUUGCUUUUUAGUCUUCAAUAUUUCAGUGAGUCAUGCUUUGGAAAUGACAAUACAUUUUUAUUACCCAACCCUUGAGUUGUUUUGUUUUUCAUUUACCCAACCUUUUACUUACUCAAAAUAUUGUUUACCCAACCCUUUUCUCUUCGGUGCCACCCCCCGCCAUAAAUAAUGACCGGUCCCUUAUACAGUACAAUGCAAGUUCAAGCUAUUGUUCCGUUUGCACCCAAGCAAACACGGAAAGCCGGUCUAUUGAUACAUAUUCUUUUGAUCUAAACACUACACUUUUCUUCUUCAGAACUAUUAAGUUGUUAUUUGCUAAUCGCGAAGAAAAGGAUAUUAUCUGGAGAGACAAUCUAGACCAGCUCCAGAAGGAGAUACCCGAAAAGUUAGUAAAAAUACUGUAUCUUGAAUCUUUAGGCAAUGGUUUCAAACCUAUAUUAACUUACUUUAUUAUUAAUGGAUAGCUCUAUGUAUAAGUUCUAAACUGUUCUUCACGAGAACGUGUAUUUAUGUGUCUGGUGAAAUUUUAAUCCGUACAGUACAUUUACUCUUGUUUUGCUCUUCAUUUUCCAGGUUUCAAAUUUAUUAUUUUCUGUCCAGUCCACCAGAAUCAUGGUCAGGGCACACGGGCCGAAUCACGGAAAGUUUUCUGAAAGAAUUACUACCACCUAGCCCGCAAUCGGGCUGCGAGAAAGAUUUACUGAUAUGUGUCUGUGGUCCCGAUCCAUUCACCCUACAACAGCUGAAGUAAGUUCACAUCUGAGUUCAGUGUCCCCACAUUGUCUGCUACCUAUCAAUUUAGUGACGUUUGUAUUUCUUUUCCAACAGAUUUCUGAAGAGUCUUGGCUACAACAACAAGUCAACGCAUGCAUUUUUUGGCUAA